AAACGGGCUGGCAUCUUGUUAAUAUUAAUUGAUAAUUCAGAUAUGUUAAAUAAUUAAAUUUAGUAAGUAUCUAAAAGCAUUUCUGUUGCCAUAAACGCCGCUUAAUGCAGUCCCCUCCUCUUUUGUGUUUGUUAGCCGCUUUACUAGACUAUAUAUAGUCGGGACACCCUGGUGUUAAAAACAAAUGGAGCAGCCAAAGUCGGCGUUGAUUUUGGCACCGAAAUAGUUUUACUUAUCUUCGGAAUAUUGCUUUUUCCUCUUACUUUAUAGUUAUUAUGAUCUUUUUUGCGGCUUGAUAUUGCAUUUACAAUCUUUUCCGUCACGAAGAAUUUAUCGAUUUCUCUCUUCACAGGCUGCUGACCUUGCCUACUCGCAGCAGCUAGCCGCCGUUAGCUCAGUGCGAGCCUCAGCUGUUUACUCAGCGCUAGCUUUUUUACUUCAUGCUUUUUUCUGUGUUUUUGUCUCAUUCAUGAUGGAGGACGAAACAUUCACGGACAUCAGCGGCAAAACUAUAUCUCUGGACUGUCAGAGUCACUCCAGCUUCUGCCGGGAAUUCACUGUCAGCUCUCCCAAAGUGUCCAUCGGCAAGGUGAUGGUGUACACCUGUUCCGUGUGGCUGCUGGCGUACGCAGCGUUCUUCAUCACACAGAACACAGCUGUUCUGUCCAGCGCCAUCCUCAUCACCCUCGUCGGGAUGAUGUUUCACAUCCACUUUGUGAAGGUGGACCACGAGUCACUCCUCGUCAUUGGUUCUUUAGGGAUCCAGGUGUCUUCCAGCUACGCUUCCGGCCGCGAGAUCACCACUUUCAUCGAGAUGAGCAAGAUCAAAGAUAUCGUCAUCAAUGAAGCUAUUUACAUGCAUCAGAUCAUCUACUACCUUUGUGUCCUACUGAAGGAUCCUUCAGAACCCAAUGCAGUGUCCAGUGUUGUUCCAUUAUUUCAGGUUUCCCAGAGACUAUGGGUUGAGGAGGAAGUGGAAGUUUGUCGGCUUAGACCUGGUGUCAUUCCAUCAGUGUUAAACUUCCCGGCUCAUCUUGGAAGAGUACGUGCCAGAAAGACCACGACCAAGCAGCCUUGAGAUCUUAGGCAGCAUCUCCCUGAGACCAAAGAACUACAGACUCUUCACAACCUGCUCAAACUCUUGGUACAGGACCUCACCACACGGAUCAAGAAGGUUUCCUUCUCAUUUCUACUCUGAAGCUCACCUUCUCCUGCUCAAACUGCUGACAAAUGUUUCUGCUGCUCUAAAGUCUGGUCUCCAGAACUUCCUAAAAGCUCUCAAAGUCUCUUCUGCUGCAGGUUGCUAUGUAGAACUGUUGCAGAAAACCUCACUAAACCACAUGGAGGGGCUCAAGAUAGUCGUCCAAAUGAAACCAUACAAAAACCAAACUAGCACAACCCAAACGCUAAAGUCUCCUGCAGCCUACCAGAGAACCUCUGAGAAUAGAGAAUCAGGAUAGGAACUCUUACCUUCUGGACAACCAACGCUGGUUCACAAACAAGAAUACAGAAUGUGUCUGACCAAAAACCUCUGAAGACUCACUACAGCCAAGAUAAAGACACAACUCAGCUGCACCAAAUCCACUAAUCACUGCACACAUUAGCACCAUGUGCUAACUGUGGCUAAAGAACCACAUUUACCAAGACAACCAUCUGGUACAAAGCCCUAAAACACACCAAGAAACACAAUAAAGACGAUUUUACUGCUGGAAGCUGCAAGCCAACGCCUAAAGAACAAACUAAAGCAAUGGAGCCAAAUCCGGUUCAGUGGUGGAGAAGCAGAGGAAAUGUUUGUCUGCAGCUAAAUAAAGCAGGAAGACCCUGAGCUGCUCAGGUGUUCCUGAUAACACCAAGCUGCUCAGGUGUUCCUGAUAACACCAAGCAGCCACCUGGACAGCCAAUAGGAACACAGCUUCCUGGAAGUCCAGAGGGCUGGGUUAGGGAAGGAAAUUUAAUUUAAAGUUGAAGCAGAAAGUUAACAAAGAAAGUUGAAAACCACCUUCUGAUACCUGAAAUCUCUGAGUUUUCACAUAAAGAACACCUGAACAUGUCAAACUGGCUUCAUAGUAGAACCAUCAUUGUAAAAACAUCAUCGUAUGUGUGUUGCUCAAAAAACAUUAGGACCCGGCUGUCAGGGGACAAACAUGUAAGAAACAUGAGAACAGAGAGAACCCAACCAGUAGGUCACAGUUUAUCAUCCCCCAGUCAUCUCCUGAAGUCCAUAUGGUGAGAGACAUCAGUGUCUGGUUGUUAAUUUACCAGAGGAUGCUUAUAAUCAUGCUGAUGUGGUCUGUACUCUACAGUAUUUUAGUGACUCAAUAAAUGCCUAAGUUGUUUUUUUUUAAUGCUUUUUAGUUUUUAAGAAACAUUUAAUAGCCUAUAUGUAAUCAAUAAAUGGCCUUUGCCUAUCUUAAGAAAAAUUCACUCAGAACUCUGAUAUGUUAACAGUACUAAAUAAAUCAAUAAAUACAUGCAUACACACAAAAAUAAGUUAAUACAUUAACUGUGUUAAGAUAAGAUUUAGAUUUUUUAAAAAGUUGUUUAUGUUUUUGCAGAAUCCAGUAUUACUCACUGGUUGGUCAUUACAUUUUGUUAGUUUGAUUUCACUGUUUAAAAUGAUGCUACCUCUUUUCAGACAGAACCUGUGAUAAUAAAACAAUACAAAAUUUUUAGUUCUGUGUUAAUAAAGCACUUAAAGCUUUAAGUAUGGCUAAAUGCUUUUUCCAAAAUUAAAUAUAUCACUCCUUAGGUGGUAGUGGCCCCAAGUUCAGUAAAGUUGGAAAGAUAUUCACAGAUUUGGACUUCCAGCAUCAAUAACUCAUUAGAUAUAGGUUGUCAAAACAUAAACGGUGCCUCUUUCCCAUUGUUGCAAGGCAGACAAUGUGCUACAAGCCCAGUUUUAUCAAAAGUAGCUGUCUUUCAAGCUACAGGAAUAACAUUGGUGUCUAUGGAGUGAACAGGGUCCGUCUGCAAUUUGCAAAACCACUGCAACAGUAAAGAGAGACAAAUAUUCAAUAACUUCACUCUUAUACAUUGUAGUGUCACUAAAAUCACUGCAGCCUUCAACUGGCUCCUGUUGACAAAGUGUUUUAACAGAAAUGUAAAUGCUGUAAUUUGAUUCUUUUAAUGAACCAUGUAACUUGAAUGGAUGUGAUGCUGGUGUGACCACAGUGCAGAUGUCUGAUGUUGCUCACAGUGGUCCAAGGGACACUCAGGGAGUUUGUGUGUUUGCUCAGAAUCAUGAAAAAUUAGAGGGAACAUUGGUACCAAGUACACUUAUUACUGGAAGUAUUUACUUUUUGUGACUCAUGAUCCCUUAAUUAUAGUUGCUGUCAGUUUGACUUGUAACGCUGCAUCUUAUUUGUCUUGUAACACUUCCUACCUACUGACUGGUGGCAGCUUUUAAUCUGUAUGUCAUUGUUCACUGUAAAAAAAAAAAAAAAGAAAUUAAUGUAACUGGAUGCAGUUCAGGCUUGUUAAAAGUGAAAUAGGUCUGACCUAGUAUGACUUCUAGCAUGACUUUUACGGAAAAGUGAGCAGAAUGUUCUUUCAUAAUUUGCUAUCAGAUUAACUAAACAGAGCCCUCUAUGGCACAAAAAUCCUGUAUUGUAUGCACAGAGAAUGAACAAAAAAAAAAUAAGAAUCGUUAUGUAGCAUUCAGUAUAGAGAAUGAUUAUUAAAAUUUUGUUAUGGGCGCUGUUUUUUCACUUGCGUAAAUGCUAGCAACUUUCUCAUUUUGGUGAGGCGCAUAUGGAUUCUGCUGCUGUUUAUUGCUGCAUUUAUUUAAUAAACUCAGAGGAAAAACAUUUUUAAGACAUAGUACUUUCAUUUUUGAUAAUACCAUUAAUGUAAGCUGUUAGUGUCUGUAUUUCAUCACAGUAAAGUCUUGUUAUUGGUGCCGAAAUGUGGGAAAACUCUUCCACAAAGUCAUGUGUCUGUUCAUGUGACUGGAUGCAGUUCAGACUGGUUUCAUGUCGAAAGUGAAAUCUUUCUAGUUCUGACCUCGUAAGAUUUCUGGCAUGACUUUUUGUAAACAUGACCAAGAUGUUCAUUCACACGGUAAGCUGACAUGUUGUGAUGCCAUUAAGUUAAAGGAGCAGAGUGCAGGUCUGAAAAGAGGCCUAAAAGUCACAAACUCAAGCUUUAAUAUCUAUAUUUUUAUACACAGAAAUGCUUUCUUAGCUUUAAAUCCUUCCAGUGGUCAUAGGUAACUGAGAGAAGUUCAUCAUGAGUCCACUCGUGUCAGAUAACAAAACUGCAGCUCCCUCAUUUGAGCUCUCCAUAGAGGCCAGUAGGCCGACUGGUAAGAUGUCCCACUUUAACCAUCAAUAACAGACGUUCAACCAGAGCUGACACAUCCACCGCGUGAUGGACGACACUCUGACUAACAGCUAACAGACUGCUGAUGAAUCGGGGUGACUGUGUGCUUUAUGUUUUAUCCUCUCGCUCAUUUGUGACUCAUCCCACUUUGAACAAAUAUAAAACGUGUUCUCCUCUGUUUGCUGCACAAACAAGCCUCAUUUUUCUUCAAAAACCGACACAAUGGGCCUUCGUAUGCCUCUCUGACAGUCACACCUUUUGCACAAUGUCCCCGCUCUAUUGUCGUGAUAAAACCUGCUCACUCGCUGCUACUGUUUAUUCUCAAUCAGUGAAUUUGACUCAAUCACUCUCCUGCGGCUCUCCCAUGUCUGCAGGCACGAUCAGACGAGGCAAUCAGUCACAGCAGGGCACCGCCAAACACCCGUCGACAGUCAUGCGGAUUGCAUUAGAACUGGCUGACCCGGCGCACGGCUGGAGCCCACAGGUUACUUUUCAUAUGUGUGGGCGCAGAGGUGGUUCAGGAAAAAGCUCCAGCAGUAGAGAUGAGGAUCAUUCAGAUGUCCUGCAGAGAGCAGCUCUAGUUUUAAAAAACUCCUCCGUCGGCGGGAAUUAGCUGCUACUCUCGGACGUGGUGAUUGCAAAGUGCUAAGAAGCUGCUCUAAAAAUACACGUAACACACAGGCUAUAAGUUGCACUUCAUUUAUUUGCACUCCGCCAUGUAAAAAAAACACACACAGGUUAGAGCAGGAGAUAUCUGACAAUAAUAUUUCAUAGACAAACACUGUUUUAACAAACAGAACACACAAACAUUUAACUUCCACAAGAAGCAUAAUAAAGCCUUGCCUUAUUUACACAUUUAUAUGCACUGGUUAAAGUGCAAAAUAUGCCUUUCUUAUGCACGAGGCUUCUUUAAAGUGUAUUAUGUCACACUUACAUUCACACAGAGGCUGUUUAGCAUCCACUAACUGUACAAACUGGGCUGCCGAGGAGAAAAAGGAGUGUGUUGAGCAUACAAACAAAGCUGGGCCGGGAGGAUCUGCAGGGUGGAAGUCCUGCGGGGUUUGCUUUUACAGAUGCAGAUUGAUGACAGGCAGGAACAAAAAGCCAAAGGUUAGCGCUCUCCUGCCACCCUUCACCUCGCACAAGAGGAUUUUUCAACCGGCCGGGAGAUUAAGACGCAAACAAACCCUCCUCCUGCUUCCACAAAUAUUAAGGCAGGUGAUGAAAUUCAAAGUAAAUGCCAGGUUCUUUUAUAAGACAAACCAGCCGGGGCAGCUUUUUUAAACACAGGUAGUGAAGAAUGCAGCUGCUCACACUGCAACCUGAACUUGCAUGUGCUGCGUAUAAAUAGUUUGGUGCAGCCAGAUAGCAAGAACACAACAGCAAGGCAGCUCACACCCAUCUGCUCAAACACACUUUCUGUUUCAAUCUCCAGGCUGCAGCUCACCAUGCAAAUUCACAGCUUUUACAUGAUGGUGCGGCUUUUCCUCCUUUGAACCCUGAGUUCUCUUUGCAAACCAUUCAAAGCUCGUGUGGUUUUUCUGUCCUGAAACGAUAGAAAAUUUGAAUAUAAUGUAAACCAGACCCAGAAUCCUCUCUGAUGUUCGCUCCAGGAUGAAAUACUUAACAAGUCAGGAUGCCAAACUGCCACACAAGUGAAAGUAAAAUAGUUAAAUAA